AUUACGUGUCGUAGUGAAGAAAGCACUUUGCGCUGGCUUAAAUCGAUCUCUUCUUGUCGCCAUCCAAACAACUUUAAACGAAACUCGAUGGGCCGGUUGCUAUUUGCUUUUUAACGUGCCUCAGUGUAUAACAGGGGGGUUAAUAUAAACCUCUUAUUCAACCGCUCCCUGUGCAGAACUAAAUCAGAAAACGUUGCCCGUCUGCAAGAAAAGACAGUCAUUAUGGACGCUUUUCUAGGAAAAUGGAUCGCCAUAAAGGAUGACGUAGACUGGACGCCAUUCAUGAAGGCGGCUGGCAUGACCGAAGAUCAAAUCCAAUUCUUCAUAAAAAACGACAAGGAAAAUGAUACCAAAGUCACCUUUAGUCAAGAAGGAGAUAAGUACGUCUAUCACUCCGACUCUGGUCCAAUGACAUACACAAUCCAGUUUCAGCUUGGAAAGCCUUUCGACGUGAAGCUGAAGGAGGGCAUGGGUGUCAAGGGUGUAACUACUUUUGAGAAUGGGCAGUUAAAGACGGAGUCGCAAAUGACAAAUUGCAAACCUACUUCACACAUCAGAACAGUUAGCGGUGGUAAAAUGAAAAUUGUUUCAACGGCCGGUAAUGUGACACUUGCUAGAGAAUUUCAAAAGAUGUAGGUAACCGCCGAGGCUUCAGAUACGACGAACAGGAAAAUAAUUGUUGAUACGUGUGCAUGCAUGUUAGUCAUGUUGUUUUCUACAGAGACCAGUACACGUUUUUGAAGGAGCCUACAUCUCUUUUAUUGCUAAAUACUAAAAGCGCACAAUCUUUUUUUCGCGACUCCAACAGUCCCUAGUCAGCCUAGACUCCCCAAGAAAUAAAGGCGGCUUUGUUCACACUAGACGCGUGACUCACGAGCAAACUGACAAAGUUAAAUCACUUUGAAGCAUGUCACCCAGGCACAAGUCGGUGGAUUGAGCAAUGUCUAUUAGUUUGCAUUCCUUGCUGUUAUCCAAAGAACACACAUUACUCAGCGCACUUAUUUUGUACUUUGUAAGCGCUAUCAUGUGUUUGUUUUGCCCCAGACAGUGAAGAUUGUGAGUUCAUGGUGAUGGUAUAUUUUCCAUCCGUGUCAAAGCCACGACCCUGACAUUGUAUGUAUGCAGCAAAUACUCAAAACGUGAGGAUUUGAAAUUGCUUGAGAAUUCUCUUUUUGUAA